GUGUGCGUGUGUGUGUGUGUGUGUGUGUGUGUGUGUGUGUGAAGAAUGCACACUAUCUCGUGUUGGUUCAGUUGGAGACGAUCAUAGGUGGCUGCUGUGACAAAGGGAAAUUGUGCUUUUCCAGCAUGCUUACUGACCCUGAUUUACCUCAGGAGUUUGAAAGGAUGUCUUCCAAGCGACCAGCCUCUCCGUAUGGGGAAGCAGAUGGAGAGGUAGCCAUGGUGACAAGCAGACAGAAAGUGGAAGAAGAGGAGAGUGACGGGCUCCCAGCCUUUCACCUUCCCUUGCAUGAAGUUGAUGGCAAUAAAGUUAUGUCUUCAUUUGCCCCACACAACUCAUCUACCUCACCUCAGAAGGCAGACGAAGGUGGGCGACAGAGUGGCGAGUCCUUGUCUAGUACAGCCCUGGGCACUCCUGAGCGGCGCAAAGGCAGCUUAGCUGAUGUUGUUGACACCCUGAAGCAGAGGAAAAUGGAAGAGCUCAUCAAAAAUGAGCCAGAAGAAACCCCCAGUAUUGAAAAGCUACUCUCAAAGGACUGGAAAGACAAGCUUCUUGCAAUGGGAUCAGGGAACUUUGGUGAAAUAAAAGGGACUCCCGAAAGCCUAGCUGAAAAGGAGAGGCAGCUCAUGGGUAUGAUCAAUCAGCUGACCAGUCUGCGAGAGCAGUUAUUGGCGGCACAUGACGAACAGAAGAAACUGGCUGCAUCUCAGAUUGAGAAACAGCGCCAGCAAAUGGAGCUGGCCAAGCAGCAACAAGAACAGAUUGCAAGACAACAGCAGCAGCUUCUGCAGCAACAACACAAAAUCAAUUUGCUUCAGCAACAGAUCCAGGUCAGAAAUCAUAUGCCACCAUUAAUGAUUCCCGUAUUCCCCCCUGAUCAACGAACAUUGGCUGCAGCUGCCCAGCAGGGAUUCCUUCUUCCUCCAGGCUUCAGCUAUAAGGCUGGAUGUAGUGACCCUUACCCUGUUCAGCUGAUCCCAACUACCAUGGCAGCUGCUGCCGCAGCAACACCAGGCUUAGGCCCACUCCAACUGCAGCAGUUAUAUGCUGCCCAGCUAGCUGCAAUGCAGGUAUCUCCAGGAGGAAAGCUCCCAGGCAUACCCCAGGGCAACCUUGGUGCUGCUGUAUCUCCUACCAGCAUUCACACAGACAAGAGCACAAACAGCCCACCACCCAAAAGCAAGGAUGAAGUGGCACAGCCACUGAACCUAUCAGCUAAACCCAAGACCUCUGAUGGCAAAUCACCCACAUCACCCACCUCUCCCCAUAUGCCAGCUCUGAGAAUAAACAGUGGGGCAGGCCCCCUCAAAGCCUCUGUCCCAGCAGCAUUAGCUAGUCCUUCAGCCAGAGUUAGCACAAUAGGUUAUUUAAAUGACCAUGAUGCUGUCACCAAGGCAAUCCAAGAAGCUCGGCAGAUGAAGGAGCAACUUCGGCGGGAACAACAGGUCCUUGAUGGGAAGGUGGCUGUUGUGAAUAGUCUAGGUCUCAAUAAUUGCCGGACGGAAAAGGAAAAAACAACACUGGAGAGUCUGACUCAGCAACUGGCAGUUAAACAGAAUGAAGAAGGAAAAUUUAGCCAUGCCAUGAUGGAUUUCAACAUGAGUGGAGAUUCUGAUGGAAGUGCCGGAGUCUCAGAAUCAAGAAUUUAUAGAGAAUCCAGGGGGCGUGGUAGCAAUGAACCCCAUAUAAAGCGUCCAAUGAACGCCUUCAUGGUAUGGGCUAAAGAUGAACGAAGGAAAAUCCUUCAAGCCUUUCCUGACAUGCACAACUCCAACAUCAGCAAGAUAUUGGGAUCUCGCUGGAAAGCUAUGACAAACCUAGAGAAACAGCCAUAUUAUGAGGAGCAAGCCCGUCUCAGCAAGCAGCACCUGGAGAAGUAUCCUGACUACAAAUACAAGCCCAGGCCAAAGCGCACCUGCCUCGUGGAUGGCAAGAAGCUGCGCAUUGGUGAAUACAAGGCAAUCAUGCGAAACAGGCGGCAGGAGAUGCGGCAGUACUUCAACGUCGGGCAACAAGCACAGAUCCCCAUUGCCACUGCUGGUGUUGUGUACCCUGGAGCCAUCACCAUGGCCGGAAUGCCCUCCCCUCACCUGCCCUCAGAGCACUCAAGCGUGUCCAGCAGCCCAGAGCCUGGGAUGCCUGUCAUCCAGAGCACUUAUGGUGUGAAAGGAGAGGAGCCCCAUAUCAAAGAAGAGAUACAGGCUGAGGACAUCAAUGGAGAAAUUUAUGAUGAGUACGAUGAGGAAGAGGAUGAUCCAGAUGUAGAUUAUGGGAGUGACAGUGAAAACCAUAUCGCAGGACAAGCCAACUGAUAAGGGUCAAAAGAUGUUGUGACCUUAGGACUUAAAGAAGCCCUAGCUGGUUCAUCCUUACCAGUGGCCAAGCACAUUGACUUUCUCAUACACUGACUGUUACUUUAACUGUUAGUCUUAAAUAGUUGGGACAUCAGCUGACUAAUAGACCUCAGCCUCAAAAGGCUUGGAAAGAAAAAAAAAUACAACAAGCAAACAACAAUAUCAACAACAAGAGAUUGAAAUAAGCUAUGGGUAAAAUAAUGCCAGUAAUUCAGCUGCUACAUCCAAGCACUGAAGUCUUACCCGUCAACUUUUUUUUUUAAAUAAACUUUAUGGCUGUUUGUUCUACAA